UACGGUGCAUUUAAAGCGUCAGGGAUAAAAAGUUCCGACACUGUUUUAGUUGUUGAGAGUGUUUUGUGGAUCGUGUAGUUUUUUUGUUGCUGUGGAGACAGGAAAGAUGCCCACCACUAAUGAGGGAGAUGACCGAAUGAAGAAGUUCAAGAAUAAAGGCAAAGAUGCUACAGAACUUAGACGAAGGAGAGUAGAAGCAAAUGUGGAACUCCGGAAAGCAAAGAAAGAUGAACAGAUCCUGAAGAGGAGGCAUGUCUCAACUUUUUCCGAAGAUGCCAUUUCUCCAGAGAGGGACACAUCUGAUAAACCUGAAAAUGCUGUGAUUCCUGUUUUGGAUCUUGAUGAAAUAUUGCAGCUAAUUAAUAAGCCAGAAAAUCAGCUACAGGCUGCCCAAGCAACAAGAAAACUACUGUCCCGUGACAAAAAUCCACCUACAAAUGAGAUCAUUCAAGCUGGUCUCAUUCCCAAACUUGUCGAGUUUUUGGGGCAUCAGGACUGCAGUGCCCUGCAAUUUGAAGCAGCAUGGGCGUUGACUAAUAUUGCAUCAGGAACAUCUGAACAGACUAGGGCGGUUGUGGAAGGAGGAGCAGUUCCAGCCUUCAUAAGCCUUCUGUCCUCUCCACACAUGCACAUCAGUGAGCAAGCAGUGUGGGCUCUUGGCAACAUAGCAGGUGAUGGGCCCUUGUAUCGUGACUCCCUAAUAAACUGUGGUGCUGUACCUCCUUUGCUGGCUUUGGUGACACCAGCUACACCAAUAGGCUUCCUGCGUAACAUCACUUGGACACUGUCCAACCUAUGCCGAAACAAGAAUCCUUCACCUCCUUUGCCAGCUAUUCAGCAGAUUUUGCCAGUUCUGGUCCAGCUUCUGCAUCAUGAUGACAAGGACAUUCUGUCUGAUAGCUGCUGGGCCUUUUCGUACUUGACUGAUGGUAGCAAUGACCGCAUUGAGGUAGUUGUGAAGACUGGAAUUGUUCCUAGGAUUGUGCAGCUCCUGGUCCAUCCACAGCUGUCUGUUCUGACUCCUGCCCUGAGAGCUAUUGGAAACAUUGUCACAGGAACAGAUGAGCAAACUCAGCUGGCCAUUGACUCUGGUGCUUUAGAUGCCUUGCCGCAGCUUUUGAGACACUCCAAACCAAGCAUCCAGAAGGAAGCAGCAUGGGCAGUGAGCAAUAUAGCAGCUGGACCUUCCCGCCAGAUCCAACAACUAAUAACAUGUGGUGUUAUCCCUCCACUGAUUGAAGUACUUAAAAAGGGCGACUUUAAAUCUAAGAAGGAGGCAGUGUGGGCAGUAACUAACUACACAAGUGGUGGCAGUGUGGAUCAGGUGGUUCAUCUUGUACAGUGUGGAAUCCUGGAACCCCUUUUGGACUUGCUAACUAUAAAAGAUGGCAGAACUAUUCUUGUAGUUCUGGAUGCAAUUUCUAAUCUCUUCCUGGCAGCAGAAAAACUAGGAGAAACUGAUAAGUUAUGCCUUCUGGUGGAGGAGCUUGGUGGACUGGAAAAAAUCGAGGCACUACAAAGCCAUGACAAUGACAUGGUGUACAGAGCAGCACUUAAUCUUAUUGACAAAUACUUCUCAGAAGAGGAACGGGAGAUUGCAGACCUACAGCCUGAAACAAAUGAAGAUACUUUUGCUUUCCAAACUCCCAGCACUGAGAAUUCCUUCAAUUUUUAACUAAAUUUCUUAAAGCACUAAGCCUAAUUAAUUAACUUAAUGACAAUGUACAUGGCUUGAAAUAAAAUGUUUUGCAAAAA